AUGGCCAAGCCGGGGGGUUGGGCCCCGACGGGAAGUCUAAAUCCUGCCAAGACCCGCAGGCGCGCGUCCACGCGCGGAGGGGGUGCGUCCGCCUCCUUCUCCUUGCCUCUGAAAGAGAUAGAGGGAGAGAGAGAGAUCGAGAGAGAUGGGGGCAGUGCUAGCCCCUCUGGCUGUGUUCGGCUCUGUUUGCAGCCUUUGAAAGCAGCGGAGGCAGAUCUUUCUGUGAGUAUGGAGCUUUGCCAGAAACUGGACUUUGGCAAGCUCUCGCUCCAUGCCGCGGAAAAGAGGUCAUCCUCAAGCUGCAGCUGGUUGAAGUUCAAGAUCUAUGUCUGGCCACGCUCGAAGGACAUGAGCGACUGGAGUACGCGAAAGGACGCAAAGAUGCGGGAUCCAAGUACUUCAAGCGCGACAAGUUCGAGUCGGCGCUUGAGCGCUACAGCCUGGCUGCCGAGAUGCUUGGCCACCGCGAUGACAUCAAGGAUAAUGCGCUUUGGGCACAAGCACAAGAUGUCCGGGUGCUCUGCGUUCGAGUCAAAGCCGCGGAAGUCCGAGAGUCCUGAGGCAGCCUGUUUGUUGAAGCUCGAGAAGUGGCGGGAAGCGGAGGCGGUCUGCAACGCGAUCCUUCGCGCGAGCCCUGACAACGAGAAGGCACUUUUCCGGCGAGCCAAAGCACUGUUGGCUUCGGGUGAUGCCGCAAGGGCAGAGGUUGAUCUGCGCCGAGUGCUAGAGGCCAACUCCGGCAAUGCAGAAGCAAAGCAGCUGCUGCAGAAGGCCCGCCAGCAAGGCAAAGGAACGGAGAAGGAGAGGAAGGUCUAUGCAAAGAUGCUACAAUGA